CGCCAUUAAAAUGGGAAAAGACCAUGUAAUCCCUAUAUAAAUUAGUAUGUGAUCGUUUCCGUUUCUGUUGAGUGUUUAAUUUUCAUGUUCAAAUUAAUGGAUUUUGUUUAAGGACCAUAUAAUGCGUUGUGAGGUUAUUUGCCAAAACUGCAACACGUCUGUGAAAAGCAUGGAUAUGGACAGUCACGUAUGCGAAAUGAAACUCACUAAAGAAGUCAAGGAAAGCCGCCACGAUCAUACGCUUUUAGCCAGCGAACAAGGUUUCGCUAGGAUAUCCCAGAUUAAAGAAAACCAGAAGGCGAUCAAAGAAAAUCUGCAAAAUAGCCAUGCUGCAUGUGUUCAAACAUAUGAGAUUAACAGGCAAUUACAGCAUGACAUCCAGAAAGCAACAGAAUUGUCAUCGAAAAUAAAAAAGAUAGAUAAGAAAUUAUCAGACCUCGAUUUACGAAUGCGACAGUUCGAAACUUCAAACUUCGAUGGAACGUUGGUGUGGAAAAUAAGAGAUUACAGAAACAGGGUUCAGAAUGGGGUGAUACCCCUUUACAGUCAGCCGUUCUACACAAGUCGACAUGGUUACAAACUGUGCGGACAGGUCUAUCUAAAUGGAGAUGGAACGCAUCCAAACAUGUUUCUAUCCUUCUUUUUCAUCCUUAUGAAGGGGGAUUUUGAUGCAUUACUGCCUUGGCCAUUUAAGCAACAAGUAACGUUUAUGUUGAUGGAUCAAGAAACGAGGAGCCAGAAUCUGUCAAAGGUAUUAAACUCUAAUCGUGAUGCCGUCAGCUUCAAAAGACCAGAUUCCAAAAUGAAUGUUACUUCAGGCUUCCCGCAUUUUGUGGAACGGAGUAAAUUGGAAACGCGUACGUAUUUACAAGAAGACACAAUUUUCCUUAUGAUCAAGGUGGAUACAACAAAUCUUCCCGAGAGAUUCUAACUUUCACGAAAAUGAAACUGCAGUUUUGGAUGUCCACUAUAUAUUGACUCAGUACACUCAGUUGCAUGGAGAAAACAACACAGAUAGGUACAAUGAAUCCUGACUACUAUAAUCUACAUACUCUUCUAAAUGGAUGUACAUAAUGUGUAUCACUAUGUCAAUAAAUCUAUUCUUAAAAGUGUUAAUGAAUCAAAAGAUAUGAAAUGUAAUAUAUCAACUUUCACAUAAUAACUGAAAUUCAACUAAUAUACUAUAUCAUUAUGUACAUUGAAAUUAAACAACAAUUACAUUAAUUUUUGACUGACUUGACUGGAUUAAAAUUUUGUGACA